GGGUCGGAUCGAUGCUUUUGGUACAAUUGCUCAGGGAACUAGUUUUUCUCGGACCCUGAAUAUUGGAUUCGGCUGCUGUCUGCGAUUUCGGAACCUCGAUCUCGCCGAGGCAAACACCUAGGAAGAAUUACAGCCUCUCUACUGUGUUUCUUCUUUUCCCUUAUUGUUCCUUCUCCUCUCUGCUCUGCCAAACAAGGUUUCUGACUUUUGCUCCACUUUAAGCGUGCCUUUCAGAUCCUCUCCUGCUCUGCAUUUGUCUGUGGAGAAGAGCAAGAAAUUAUUGUUGAGCUGUAUUCUGAGAUAUCAUACCUUACUCAGAGAUAGUUCAGUGAAGAAGAACAAGUGAAAUGCAAAAGUAUGGUUUGCAGCUGAGGGUUAAGCCCCAGCAGGCCAAAAAGCCACCAAGAGCUCCUCUUCCAGCGCCUGUUGGUUUUCAUGAUGAUGAUGAUGAGGAUAAUGUUGAAAAGGAGAUUUCACGGCAGGCCACCAAGAACAAGUCCCUUAAGGAUAUUGAGGAGCAGCAUAAGAAAGCAUUGGAAGAGGAUCCUUCAGUUUUUGAUUAUGAUGGAGUUUAUGAUAAGAUGAAACUAAAAAUUGCUCAACCACGAGAACAAGAUCGUGAAGAAAGAAAGCCUAAAUAUAUUCAAGCUUUGAUCAAGAAAGCAGAACAACGACAGCGAGAACAUGAGAUCAUAUAUGAGAAAAAACUUGCUAAAGAAAGAAGCAAAGAUGAUCACUUACAUGCAGACAAGGACAAAUUUGUCACGAGUGCUUACAAGAAAAAACUUGCAGAGCAGGCAAAAUGGAUGGAGGAAGAGCGUAUGCGUCAAUUUCGAGAGGAGAAAGAGGAUGUUACUAAGAAAAGUGAUUUGAGUGAGUUCUACUUCAAUCUUGGAAAAAAUGUUGCAUAUGGUGCAAAAGACAUAGAGUCAAGGAAGCAAGAGAAACAAGCUGAAGUGAGAAAGCCAGAGAAGUUGGACGAUAAGCUGUCCGCAGGUACAUCUGAAAGAGUUCAUCCUCUACAAGAGUCAGUUGUGGAGUCUUCCAGGGUGAAAGAGGGGCAUCCGUCUGAUCCUCCUCCUGGGAGAAAUUCGGAGUCCUUAGACCUUAAACCAGUUCCUGAUGAACCAGUUAUGGACACAUUGGUUCAAGAUAAAGCUUCAUCUGAGCAACCUGCAACUAAUGAACCAAAGCAAGACCAUCAUAAACGAAAUGAGGAUGCACUAGCUGCAGCUAAAGAACGUUUUUUGGCACGGAAGAAAGCAAAGCAACAACUGUGAAUGUUCUUUCUGUCUGUAUGUAAUGUGAUUGAAAUUCAAGAGGGAUUUCUUUCCUGUUUUUUUUAUUGAGAACACGUGAUUACUGAUUAGUAUUAUUAUUAUUAUUA